AUGGCGCCCUCUCUUCUCAGGCGCGUGAAAGACGCUCAGCUCAAGAAGCCCAGCCAGGCAGUUCCUACCCUGGAAUCGCCCACCUACAAACUGAGUUCCCAAUUGUCGCAGUUCUUUCCUCCGUCCCCUGCAUUCACUGAGAAAGAUAUCCCGUUUCAGAAAGGAAAGGUAUUCCUUGUGACCGGUGGCACUUCAGGCAUCGGCUUCGAACUCGCCAAAAUCCUGUACGCCAGAGGCGGCACCGUGUACAUCACCGGGCGAACAGACGAAAAGGCAAAAAAGGCUGUCCAAGAUAUUCAGGCAACUGUCGGCGAGCGUGAUGGCCAAAUAGACUAUAUUAUUCUCAAUCUUGACGACCUUGCGUCCAUUAAGGAAUCCGCCGAAACGUUUAUGGCAAAGGAAUCGAAACUCGAUGUCCUCUGGAACAACGCCGGCGUUGCUCAGCCGCCUGUGGGCGCCUUGUCGAAGCAAGGGUUUGAACUUCAACUUGCUACAAACUGUCUCGGUCCUUUCCUGUUCACACAGAUGUUGAUCCCUCUUCUCGACGCAGCUGUCGCCCUGAAUGGACCUUCUUUCCCAGGCGCCGUGAGAGUAGUCUGGCUGAGCAGCCAAGUUGCUGAGUUGUCUUCACCUCUCGAUGGCAUCGUCAUGGCGGAAAUUCGCAAUACUCCCCAGGAUAACGCCCGCAACUACCAGAAUUCCAAGGUGGGCGGCUGGUUUCUCUCGACUGAAUUCGCCCGUCGGUAUGGGGACGAACGCGGCAUUGUCAGCGUCGCAAUGAAUCCGGGUGCUGCCAACACCAAUCUCCUGAGAAAUUCGAGAUGGUCAAAAAUCCUCAGGUGGCCACUGCUCUACAGCCCGAAUCUGGCUGCCCUUACUGAAUUGUACGCCGGUCUGUCGCCAGAUAUCAACCUCGAGAACAACGGAUGUUAUGUUAUUCCCUGGGGUCGCAUCCAUACCACCGUCGCUCCCCAUUUAAGGGAUGCGAUGAGAGUCAAGGAUGUCGGUGGAACAGGAAAAGCGGAACAGUUUUGGGAGUUCUGUGAGGACAAAACGAAGGGUUAUCAUUAA